AUCCCAUGAAGAAGAAGAAGAAGAAGAAGAAGAUGGAGGCACAGUUUUGAGGAAACUAUUGAAGCAAUCCAAGCUGUCUGUGAGACCAUGGUGGACAAUCGCUAUGCCACUGCCUUGGUUAUCGGCUCAGUGCUGAGUCUGCUUGCCACUGUCUACCUGUCUGUUGCUGUGGGGACUGAGCACUGGUUCCAGUACAGCAGCCCGCUUGACUCACAGGACCUAAACAUCACUAAACUCAAAGAUCAAUUCAUCAAUGAGGAGUUUGAGGAAAAAAUAUACAGCAUUCCCCUGUUCAGCCUGAAUGGGACCCUGGGUCUGUGGUGGAGGUGUAUCCAGGUGCCCAGCCAGUCCUAUUGGUUUAGAGAGCCAGAUGGUCGUCAUCCACACAAUGAAAGCGUCGACAGAACACAGCUACCAGAUUGCACUCAUCACAGGGGAUGUACAGAUCCUAAGAUGGAGACCCAAUGUUUGAGCUUUACCCUUCCUCAGCAGUUCAAAACAAAGACCAAAGGAGAAGAAGAGGAUCUGCUGAGAACAUACCUGUGGAGGUGCCAGUUUCUCCUGCCCUUAGUGUCUUUGGCCCUGGUAUUUCUCAGCGGGCUCAUCGGGGUCUGUGCCUGCCUAUGCCGCAGCUUCACACCUACUCUGGGUGUGGGAGUGCUUCAUUUUAUUGCAGGUCUCUGCUCUCUGGGAACCGUCUGCUGUUUCCGGGCCAACAUGGAUCUGUUCCACUACAGCUACAAACCUUUAGCCACGGUUGACUGGUCAAUGGGGUGGUCUCUCUACCUGGCUCUUAUCUCCUUCCCUCUGCAGAUGAUGGCUGCCGCGCUGUUCAUCUGGGCAGCCAGAAGUCACCGCAAUCACUACACCCGCAUAAGGGCGUAUCGGGUCGCAUAAAGACAGAGGAAUAAUACACUUAAAGAUAACCAGCAGGUCUACAACCCUCCUUCCAAUAAUCUCCGGUUGUAUAGCAAUAAAAUCAGCAGGUUGUAGCAUCUCACUUCCACUGUAGCAGUCCUGGGAUGCAGAAAUGGUGCAGGGUAUCACAGGUUUAACAAAGCAAGCUGCAGCUAUUUCAUAAGUACUCCUACUGUAUAUGGAGAUUUGAAUCAUUUAUUGCGUGGCUUUAUCUCACCUUUGCCUUUUAUUUGCCAGUUACUGAUUUGUUUAUUGAUGUUGCAUGUUUUCAACAUCUAGAUGUUUGUUUUCCUUUAGGAGUUUGCUAUUUUUAUUUUGCCUUCUUUUUGGUUGCCAAUGCUUCUUUUAGCUGCUCACCAUGUUGUCCUUAACUCGGAUACAACUGUGUUUAACUUGCACUAUCGUAACGUUAAGAUGUGGACUUCCAUCCAAGUCCAGGUAUCUAUCUGUUUGAUAUAAAACGGUCUGAUGCGCCUUUAUUGAAGCGUUUUGAUCCUGUGUUUGUUUUUGAAUAUCAAGGCUUUGCAUGUCGUUGGAACUGACCUUUCUAUUAUCUGUGGUGAUGCUUUAUUUUUGGCUGUGGUAAAAUGACUAAAUGUCAUGAAAUGUCACUCUCUGUAAGUGGAACCACUCACCUUCUACCAUCAUGUUAUUGAUGGAUCUAUUUUGUAACAAUACUGUGUACUUGUGUUAUUACAGUCUUUAGUUGCUAAUGCAGUUCUGAAAAUGUUAAAAGAUGAAUUAAUGCUUUUAAGUGCUGGGUUUUCCUAGAUGGAGUGUGGAGAAGGUCGUUAAGCUUUGCUAAGUUUUGUCCUUUCCAACCAAUUAAGCCCCCUCCUUAAUAUUAAGUGCCUUGCAAAACUAUUUGCAAGAAUUAAGGCUCAUUCUGCCUCCGUUCAAAUGUAAAAUACUUGGGAAAUAAAAAACAUUCUUUAACAAAUACACCUCACCAUUCCUGGUUCCAUUUCUGGGGUUAUUUCUCUAUCAAAGUUAAAAAUCUGUACUCCGUUUUCUGCUUUUAUUUUUGCAAAAUGGUUAAAUUUCAGAUUGGACAGAGGCUCCAGCAACAACAGCCUUUCCUCCUGAUUGAUGUAAUUUAGGUCUGGACAUUCACUUCCGUUUCAGCACAUAUUUGCUUUAGUGUUUACCCUUUUAUUUUUAUUUGUGGCUGCAUGUUUAGGCUGGUCUGUUGCAGCCUCUUAAAUGAUUUCGUCCAGAAAUGCUCUGUAUGUAUGUCCUUUGUUAGUGCUUGUUUUCCAGCACAGAGGCCAAGAUGCAGUUUUUCUGAGCAAUUUUUUUUUUAAGCUGCACAAGCAGUUUUUGUGUUGCAUUGCCCUCUGUGAUCUCCGCAGAUCUUCUGUAGUUCUUGGGUUUCUUUUCUUUAGAUAUGCUCCAUGUGCUAAAUCUCCAGCUUUUUUAUUUUUUCUCCAUUUUCAGAUUAUGGUGCUUGAUACUAUUGGACACCAUACAGUAGUAUGCUUUAUAACUUCUUCAUAAUGUCAUAUUCCUUGGACCUUAUGAAACCAUUUCUCCUCUAACAGAACUCUUUAACCUUAUCAGAACAGCUGAGUUAUUCUUGGAAUAAAGCAUAAUAGAUUAAAAGGGGUUUAAUAUAAAAGAAUGUUUCAUUAAGGGAACAAAAACCUUAAAAAGUUAAAUUUGUACUUCAAAAUAUACUUUUCUCUCUAUGGGCCCACCACAUAUAAUCCAAGUAAAAUCCAUUGCCGUUACUGGUUGUAAGCAUAUAUUUUAAGUGCAUCAUACUUUUACACAAUAAGAGAAGAACUGCAAAAAAAAAGCUGUAAUCUGUUUUAUUUGGCUGAUUAACUGAUUUAUAUCAUGUAUUCAGCUUCUGGUUUGUCCAACUGUUCUUUUACAUAAGGAUAAACUUGGUAAAUUUUAUAUGAGAUUAACAUGUUCUCAAAAAUGUUUCCAUAAAAUGCUUUGGUGGAAAAUAAUGUGAGAGAGAACAGCACAAUUUUAAAACUUUUAGAAAUUGUUCUUAUUUUUAUACAAAAAAAGGACAAACUUGGACUUAAAUACUGACCAAAUUUAAGAAAACAAACAAAAAAAAUUGAAACAGCAAAGGUCUCAGUUUUCCAAGCUGUUCAGACAUUGGUCCCCUUUUUUAUCUGAUUUUCUAUUCCUCCGUUUUCCAAAUUGAAGGACAAAUCAGGGUCUUGGAGGUUUGGGAUAAACAGUUGUUCCUGUAAUGCCUUCUGUUGACCAGGCGAGGGCAGUGUCUAGCCCUGGCUUUGCUUAAACUGAUGGGGUGUGGAUUAAAAUUAAGGAUUAAAAUGGUGAGUUGUCAUUUCACACUGGUGUCUGAAAAAACAAGUAUGUGACUAUGUUUUGAAUUUUCAACAUGCUUAUAGAGAAAAGUUUUAUGUUUAGUUUCAUAUGUUCCAGCUUCUGAGAAAGCUAUUCCUUAUGAAGCACAAUACUGUAUUGUUUUUGUAGAAAUAAAAUAGAUAAUUGGUCA